AUGAAUGUUGCUGGUGCAGUACUUCCAUUCCCUUUCGGGACUCAUCACACAAAGCUUUCUUUGUUUGAAAGUGAACAUUCAUUGCAUGUAGUGGUGGGCACUGCGAAUUUAUUGCCCCAAGAUUGGGCCUUUAAAACACAAAUGUUUUAUCAUUUUGCGGCACCAUUUACACAAGAAUCAAGACCGUUAAUAACUAUAGAUGCUGAGGAUAUUGAAACAAAAGAUACGGGCCAAAGUUUUCGUGAUGAUCUUGUUGAAUAUUUGAGAGUUGCUUACCCAAAAAGGUGUGGUAACGCAUAUAAACUUGUUUCUUACUGGAUAGAGCGUAUAAUUGGUGGGCAAGCUGACUUUAGCAAAUGCAAAGAUCGUUUGAUUGCUUCCGUUCCUGGGAGAUUUCAGAAAAGCAACGGUACUUACAGCAAAUUUGGCCAUUUAAAAUUGCGCGAAUCUUUGUCUUCUAAAUUUACUCCAAAAGAAUUACAAACUUUAAAAACAUUUAUUGGCCAAUUCAGUUCUAUCGGUUCACUCGGAGCUAAAGCAGAAACUUGGUUAUCUGAUGAAUUUUUGUGUAGUCUUUCUGGUUCAAAUAGUUUAUUACCACCUUCUUCUCUUAAAUUAAUUUAUCCAACAGUCGAAAAUGUCAGACAAUCAUUAGAAGGGUAUGCUGCUGGGUUUUACCUUCCAUAUUUGUUCAAAAAUCAUAUAAGACAAAAUUAUUUGUUAAAUUUUUUUCAUCAAUGGAAAAGUGAUAAACACGGAAGUUAUGCUGGUUUAGAUGAAAAUUCUAAAGUUAAUUGGAUUUUAAUGAGUAGUGCAAAUCUUUCUACUUCUGCUUGGGGAAAAUUGGAAAAAUGUGGAGAACAAUUGUUUAUUCGUUCUUAUGAAUUAGGUGUUCUUUUAUGUGAAAAAGAUCAUCCAGAAGGUUUACUUUUGCCUUAUGAUUUACCUUUACAAAAAUACGAAUCCACAGACCAGCCCUUCGUUCAAGAUAUUAUUUAUCCAAAAUUACCACCAGAUUCAUUUGGUUUUCAAGGUUCUUGUGAAGUUCGAGAAGCAUCAAAAUAA